UAUAAAGAAGAGAAUCGAAUCGAGUAAUGGGGUUUUCAUUUAAUAAUUAUCAAAUUUUCUUAUAUAAAUCUGGUUUUUCCCCUCUUUUUGUAAGGUAGCUAGGGUUUAGUGAUUUUUAUUGCGUAUAAUGAAAAAUGGUGAAGAAGGAGCAGAAGAGAAGAAGGAAGUAGUUUCUCUUGAAUCUCUCAGUAAGAAAAUGGAUGAUUUUGCAAAAGCUAGAGAUUGGGAGAAGUAUCACAGUCCAAGGAAUCUCCUCUUAGCCAUGGUGGGUGAAGUGGGAGAGCUAUCAGAGAUAUUCCAAUGGAAAGGGGAAGUAGCAAGAGGACUUCCAGAUUGGGAAGAAGAAGAGAAAGUGCAUCUUGGAGAAGAGUUAUCAGAUGUUUUGCUGUAUUUGGUGAGGCUUUCUGAUGCGUGUGGUGUCGAUUUAGGCAAAGCUGCUCUGCGCAAACUCGAGCUCAAUGCCAUUAAGUACCCAGUGAAACAGACUGAUUACUGUGUUGGUGAACAUUCAAGCGGCAAUGUUAAGUUGAAAGAAGAAAAUUAAUUUCUGUAUUUUCUUAGUGUGCUUUUGUGAGUUGUCUCUUGCAUUGUACAACUUUUCCAUUGGUCUCUGUAUUUGAUUUCCCUGUCUUCGCACUUUUAACAUAAGAGUUCACCUUUUUUUUUAUAUCAUGAAUUGGUAGAUUACAUAAAUUGCUCAUGAUUAUAGCCACAUGAUUCAACAGAGACCCGAACCUUUGAGAGUUUCC